GCGUGACGUUGUGGUCCACCACAUUCACCAAGAUGCCAAGAUGAGCCGUAUCGCAGGCCGUGCUUUCCUCUGCGCGACAAGCAACUCGGAUCUUAAUACCUGAAUAUUGCGUUUUCAGGGCCGAAUAACAGUCAAAGCUGAUCUCUUUCGCACAAAAUUGCAAUGCUGGGCGUUGCCGAUGCAUCGUUCUUGACCGUGAUCGGGUGGGAUCAGCAGUAUCGUGACGACCUCAUUAGGGCUUUCGCUGCCUCGGAGCUGUCUAUUUCACUGACUUCUACCCAAAGCCGUUGUCAAUGGCAAUCGGCAAUGAUACAAUUGGUAUUUUAAGCUCAAAGUUCGCUGUUCCCUUAUCGACACUUCUCGGUUUGAUGCAGGGUCUGUUCAUCUCGAACGUACCGCCGGUCGCGAGUAGCACAAGUGCUUGAAACCUCAACGUGCACCACUUGCCAUUGGCGUCUGCAAGAACUCAUGACCACGCUGCACAAUGCACCUUGCAAAGCUCAUGGAAUGCCAGGUCGUGCCUCGACCAUGCUCUGCGUCCAGUUAACCCUUCUACAGCAGUCCUCACGUUAUCGUACGCCAUAACCUUGACAUCGUGAUGAACAAAGACCAUGUGUCCGUACAUCAACCCCUCAUAGAUGUUCCUUCUCGUAUAAAAGGUUGACGGUUGGGUCGCUUUCAGACCAGCCCUCUUCACAGUGGUUCUCCGACGGUUCACGUAGCCUUCGCUUCCUCGUCCAACGACAACGAUGCAUUUCUUCACUGCUGUCCUCGCUUCUCUCGCCCUGUUGGCUUCCCCCGUCUUCAGCGCGCCGACGGCGCCGCCCCUCGUCUCGGUCAACAAGUUCGCUGGGCCGAAGAACAACGGUUCUUACAUCGUGAAGCUUAAGGACAACGUCACUAAGAGCAACCACUUGAACUGGCUCUCAAACCAAAUUGGCGAAGACGCCAUCACUCACAAGAACUGGAACGCUGAAGUCUUGCACGGCUUCGCUGGCAAGUUCUCUGACAAGGUCAUCGACUUGCUUCGCGCCAGCCCCGACGUUGAGUACAUCGAGGAGGACGGUAUCAUGUCCAUCAACGCCCAGGUUACCCAGACCAACGCACCCUGGGGUAUCGCUCGUUUGAGCCAGGAUGGUAAGCUCGCCAGCCAGAGCACUAGCUCUUUGACCUUCACCUACCGCUACGACUCCGCCGCUGGUUCUGGCGUCGAUAUCUACGUUGUCGACACCGGUGUCUUCACCAGCCACUCUCAAUUUGGCGGCCGUGCUCGCUGGGGUGGAACCUUCGGUAACUACGCCGACGCUGAUGGCAAUGGCCACGGUACUCACGUCGCCGGAACUGCUGCCGGCUCUCAAUUCGGUGUCGCCAAGGCUGCUAAUAUCAUCGCCAUCAAGGUUCUCUCUGACCAAGGCUCGGGCACUGUCUCUGACAUUGUCUCUGGCUUGGACUUCGUUUUGUCUUCUGCUCGCUCUUCCGGCCGUCCUUCUAUCGCCACCAUGAGUCUCGGUGGAAGCGCAUCCACUGCGCUCGAUAACGCUGUUGCUUCUCUUACUGCUGGUGGUGUUCACGUUACUGUCGCUGCUGGUAACGAUAACGUCGAUGCUCGCAACACCUCCCCCGCUCGUGCUCCCUCUGCCAACACCGUCGGUGCCACCACCAUUGCUGAUGCUAAGGCCUCCUUCUCCAACUUCGGCGCUAUUGUUGAUUUGUUCGCUCCUGGCCAGAACGUGAUCAGCUCUUGGAUCGGCAGCACCACUGCUACCAACAACAUCUCCGGUACCUCUAUGGCUACUCCGCACGUCGCUGGCUUGAUUGCCUACAUUAUUAGCCGUACCGGAAAUGCGUCUCCCGCCACCAUCUCCAACACCCUCAAGGAUUUGGCUGUCAAGGGUGCCAUUACUGGCCUCUCUACCGGCACUGCUAACAACCUCGCUCGCAACGACCAGUAAACAUUUUGUGUGAUUGGAAACUUUCUCGUAGAAUGGGUUUGGGUGGGAUGUUUGAAAGGAAGAAAGAAUGUGCUAACGUCCAAAAUUUCCUGUUGACUUGUAAAACUUUGUGACGAUAGAAACGAAUUAUGAUUUGUUGUUUGUACUUCACUUUGGCGCGAUAUCUGAACUUCGAACAUCUG